AACAAUCGACGGGAGGCUUUCUACGCAUUCAAAUCUCUUGCCACUGUACAACAAUCGGUUCACUGUCAGUUGCAUUUUCGUUUCCCUCAGCGUUCACAUUGACCUGAUUGAAAGAAUCAACGGGAGAAACAAAGCAAGCUCCGCCAAUAUUCACCCGAAAGCCUUACUUUCUACGACUGACCCUUUCGCACGCCAAACAUGACAAGCAGUCCUACCGUAACCCCGAAUACUUCGGCGAAUCGCCGACGGCAUCGCGUUACCGCUGAUCCCCAUUGGAAAACGGCGCAAGCCGCUUUGACGCACGCCGUGUCGCGAGCGGUGCGGGAGCUCCGGCACGAGUACGGAUAUUCGUUCGAUCGGGCGGCACAAGCCGUUUUCCAGCAUCUAGAGAUAGGUAGCAGUGCCACAGCGCCCGUAGAGCAGCACGAGGUAUCCGCGAUGACGCGUCGUUACGGAAUUGGUAGCGUACAUGCGCGCUUAGCUUUGGCCGUGGCUCGAACGAUUCAAAAGCAAGCGUGCGAAACCAAAAGUGCCGCGGCCGUCGUGGAAGAGAUGAUUCGCAAGCUGUCGCCCACUGCCGUUCUUGUGCAGCACGGCACUCGUUUGGAAGACACCGAUGGGUUUGUUGUUACGGCAGCUACUAGUAUAUCGACGCCGACAACGGUGCCGUCUCGUCAAAAAUCUGCAACUACAACAGCAGCACCCACACGCAGCGCAGGCCCCCCAUCGCGCCCCAACGUCCGGCCGGGCACCAAUGGUCCUAUCAACAUUACUUCUCAUACCGUCGUCAACACCAGCACUGCGAAUGGCAAGCCUGCCCAAAAGAAGAAAUCUAAAAUGAAAAAGGAAAGCGCGAUCGCGCCCAAGUCUGGUACCAUUAGCACGCGCAAACGAUCGCUGGACGAAAGCACCCCGCAACACGAGGUAUCCGCCUCGACUAUUAGCCCUCCUUCCGCAUCCCGCGUGCGGUCGGAGUCGAUGGAGGCCGUCUCGGCCAAGCUUGAAACGGGCGAAGAAAAAGCUGGCGUCUCACCCAUCGCUCGUAAACGCGGACGUUCCGAAGAAUCCACGGAACAGCUGUCGAGCACGAAACGACCGCGCAACGUGACCUGA